AUGAGGAAAAGAGGAGCAAAGUGUCAAUAUGUGAUUGCUAUUUUCAUUUAUGGCUUUAUCGGUCUCUUGUUUCUUCAUCUUAUUACUAAUGAGCCGGUUCAAUUAUCGCCAAAUGAAGAAGAUCAAAUUCAAAAUAUGAUUAUUAACGAAAUGAAGGAAGAAAACUUGCUCGACAGAACAAUAUUUGAAGACCCGAACACUGAAAUAAGAACGAACGAAUUUGAGAAUUGCAAUGAUGAUGAGCCAGAUAUUUUUCUCAACCUGACGCUUCUCGAAGAAAAUUAUCCGGAAUUGAGAGGACAACGGCAGAAAAUAGAGGGCAAAUGUAUUUACCCAGAUUUUCCGUACCUUAAUCAAAUGAUCCGCUUCAACAAACACCUGAAACCUGCAAUCAUUCAAGAGCCAAAUGCAUGUGAUUUUCAAGAUCCAAGUCUAACUUCGCUCAUUUUUGGGAUCAAAUCAAUACCAGGAGCGAUUCAUGAAAGGGAAAUUCUGAGAAGAACAUGGCUAAGAAAAGAUAUUUGGAAAAAGAUUGGAUUCGAAAUCAAGAUUGUAUUUAUCACUGGAAACGAUAAAGAUCUCGAAGAAGAGGCAAACAUCAAAGAAGACUUGCUCAUCCUCGAUUCUUGGGAUCGGAAACGUAUCUUGAAAUUUUUAAGACUUAUAAGACUAGACUUGACAGAGACUAAAAAAUCUAAUGAGAUUCUCAUUAUGAGAAAGAGUCAAUUCUCCAUUGAUAAUUUGAGUUUUGACGUGUCCUCAUGA